GUCCGGGUGGGUGCUCUGUUCUGCAGAAGUUACAGAAAUGAGAAAGAAUGUUGGUUUAUAUGGUACUGGUAUUCUGUGUCUCUGUUAAGAGGCCAAAGUCCCUGAUUUAGAGAAGGAAAAAGAAAAUCUAGGGCAUUUAAACCACUGCUGAAAUUAACCCUGAUUUUAGAUUGUUUUUUUUUUUUCUUGCAUGAAGAGUUCCUCUGUGGAUAAUCUAGAAGUGUUUUAUACAAAGUAGACCAAAUCCACUUUAAAGUGAACUUCAUGUGCAAUGAGAAUUUGAACUAGUCAUUCAAUUUCUUGUAUUUCUUACAUAAGCCCUAGUUAAAAGAAAUCUGAAAUCAGAUAAUGACUUACUGAGGUGUAUGUUUGGAAAAUUCUUAAGAACUAAGAAUAUGGAUGCUGGUGGUAGAAAUGCACCCUGGCAGAUAGAAGGCUUUUAGACAGAGGAACAGCACGAGAAAGAAUUCGGAAGGGAGCCAUGGCUUUUUGAAUGAGCUAGUUGCCAAGUAAGAAGUGCAGCAUUGUCAAAACUGCCUGAUACAUUCAUCGAAUGAGGUAACAGCUUUUAUUUUUUGUUCCAAGGGAAGUAUGCAAUAGGGAAAAUUGCAUAUGGGAAGGCCUGGGAGCUAAGACCAGUUUUUACACCAGCAGUUUGUUUGCAAAUUUUUAAUAUGGUCCUUUGUAUUAUUAGGGGGAAGAGAGUCACCAUCUACUGGAGGGCUUAGUAUGCAAAAAAACUCACAAAGUUAAAGCCUGCAAUUAAUAGUGUUUAAUGUUAUCUUCUCACAAUUGUCCUUGAAAGGUUCGAUAUGAUGACUUUUAGUGAAGUUAUGUUCUCGUGUGUGUGUGUGCAUUCUGUUCUUGUAGUCAGCUUUUGAAAACAUUUCUGAAAGUUAAAAACUUCAUUAACUUUGUUUCUAGAAAUUCCAGUUACUGCAUGUUACUGUAAUUGUUAGGAAAUUAUUGAGUGUACACCACAGAACAUGUGACUAGUUAAUUAAGGCUAAAAGCUCAAGUUCUGUCUCAUUUAUCUCCUCUUUGUAACCAAAAACAUAAGUGUUACAUUUCUAGAAUGAUUGUUCCACCUAGAAUCCCAAAUUUUCUUGGUGCAAUACAAAAAUGUACAAACUGAAGGGGACAAAAAUCAUCUGUAGUCCACAGGUGAAGCAGUAACUGACCCACAGAAUGAAUAAGCAAUAUGGCCCAAUUAAAAAGUUAUCAGUGGCAAAACCAGAUGCCCUACCAUUUUAAGGAGCUCCCUUCCCCUGUAGUACUGCAGUUACAUGAAGUUUUAGGUCUUGAGCCAUACUGGGGAAGUAAUAUCAUUGGACAAAACCUUCCUGACAACCUGCAUCUUUAUUUGUAUACUUUUUUCCUGUGUAAAGAUGAAGAUAGAGCUUUUAAAACUUGGUUAAAUAACAGUACCACAGGAUGCAAAACCACUAGCUCGUAAAUUACUGUUGCUUCAAGCUCUGGUUGAAGGAGAUCAUGUGUCAUAAGAUUGCUCAACAUCUGGUUGAGAAUUCUUACAAGCAGAGCAUUUAGUCACAUGCUUGACUUAAAGUGCAUGCAUACUUACCAUUGCUUAAAUAAGUAUUUCAUUCCCUUCUGGGACUGACAAAUGUAUGGAUUGGGCUUGAAUGUACAGAAGUUUAAAAAUGUAAAAUAAAAUGUGUGCAGUAUGAAUAUUGUUGGACAUUGAUGAUCCAUUGGGAGAUGGCUGCAUUAUGAAGGCUGGAUAGUAAUAGAUCGUUCUCUUCAGUGCUUUUUUGUGUUUUACUUGUUACCCUGAGUUUAUGGCUCUUUUUUAAAUUGAGGAGUGUUCCUUAGAGAAGUGUAUACCUAACUUUAAAUGGAACAUCCUUUGAGGGCGUCGUGGAUUGUAAGAUGCUCAGUGUUUUUAAAGGCUUAAAUUUCUCAUUACUGGGAAGUUUGGGGAUGAGCAGCAGUUAAUCUAGAAACUUUGAAAUGAUGAAAUGCAAUUGUAACUCUACUGAAGCAUUGAAGAAAACAACAAUUUUCUUUUAAAACCAUUAGCCAACUAAAUAUGAUUAUUAUAUAAAUACAUAUGAAUAUAUAAUAAUUAAAAUUAACCAAUGAAAUAUGAAGUUCUGAAUGUUAAAGUCAGAAAUUCAGAAGUGGUUUUGGUGUCUUAGAAGGUGCUUGCUAACAAAGUGUGGAUCAGAAAAUUAUAAAUCUAUUACAAGUCACUCUGAUGUGUAAGAAUGAAUUGACCUCAGCUCCUGUUGUUCAGCAGAGGUAUCUUAAUUCUGAACAUUGCUAGCUAACAAGGGCAUUUAGUCAAGAAAUAAAGUUCUUCUGAAGGAGAAAAAAAAAAAAGGAAUGUACUGCUUGCUGUUAGCAGCUAAUUAAACACUGUAUGCAGCAGAUGUUGUAUAGCAUCAAACCCAUCCAGCCUUUAAACUGUUUGUUGUGUGGCUGGUGGAUUGGUCUUUCACUGUGCAGGUGUUUCUUUACUGCAGAGUUUGCCUGUAAUCUGAACUUGCUGUGUUUGUCUUGCAUGGAUGAAAUACCCAUUGCCUAUCUUGAUUUGGCUUUGUGAACUUUCUUUGUGUACAGUAAUAUAAUUGGUCAUUUCAUGCUCUUUAGGGAGAGUUUUGCAAAUCCCAGUUUAAUGGUUCCUAGUUUACUCCAUCUGUUGAUACACUGCCAGUAUUCAGCUCUGAGUAGUAAAUCUUUGUGAGACUUGAAGUUCUUCCUCAUAAUCCAUAUAGGCUGAAAUCUUAAACUGUAUUCUGUUCUGUAAAUCAUUUAUCUCUGUGCUUUUUAAAAAGUGGCCUACCUUUCCCCUUGAGGCCAUUGGUCUUGAAUGUAUUUAUUUUUUUGGCAGAGAGCCAUGAAUGAAUCAUAGCCCAGAGCAGCUUACAGUCUGAACUCCUCUCUAUUGUUAAUAUAAAAUACUCCAUGCGGUUGUUACAACGUUAUGCUAUGUAAAACUUUUAAGAGAAGAGAGAUUGAUUUCAGACAUGCUAGCUGCUUUUGAAGUUUCCCAACAGUAUGUGGAAAUGAUUUCUUAUGGUCGUACAGCUGUAAUUCACUAAAAUAACUAGUUGCAUGGGAAGUUAGUACAUGAGAAUGUUACUGACUGUCACAGUGGAGUGUUUGUUCUUUUGUGAAAAUAGUCACCCCAGCUUUUUGCUCCUUUUGUAGCUUUCCUGUUUGUACCUCCCUGCUCUAUUUCCAUAUUGCUUUAUUUUCUUUUAUUGUUCUUCAAUUAAUUCACAAGUCUUUUGUUCUGUUCUUCAGACACCCCUCUUUUCUGGUUUGGCCAUUCUGCUGUGGAUUUUGUUUCAUGCUUCGUUCUCUCUUUUUCUGUGUAACAGUGCUUUUAUUAAAGGCAACCGAGUACAUGAUUUAUUUCUUGGUGUUGAAAAGGAUUCUUUGUACUGAAGAGCCUGGGCCCAAUCAAAGUACUAAGGAUUUCCGUAGGUGAGUCAGCACUGUGGGCCUGGCUGGCUCUGAGAUAGACAGUGCCAGUGAAGUGUAACUUCAUCUCAUGCUUCGGAGGAAAUAAACGGCACAACACUGGGUGAAUGGGGAAUAAAAAUGGCCGGGUACAUAAUCCAUAGAUUUGUUUCUGCUUUUUACAGUCUUUCAUCUUGAUGUUGAGUCUUUUUGUUAACUUGCCUUUAGUUCUGAGCAACCCAUUUGACUAGCAUUACGAUGUUUGGCUGUUCCUAAACUGAUGAGUGCAUAAAACUGUGCCACACAAGGUGCUGACUUCUUCCAUAAGUGUGUAUAAGAGGUGUUCUUCAUCACUUUAUUUCCCCUUUUCCCAAGUAUUUAAAUAGUUUCUCCAGGUGGCUGGCUGUAUGACCCUUCAAAUAUUGGCUAUAUAUAGAAUGUAUUUAACUUUGUUUCAAUUGUAGACACUGUUUCUUGUCUGCACUUUAGGACGAUCUCUCUUUACAUUUAGUUCAGCUUGCUUGUUGGCUAACCUGACUGACAGAUGGAGUUCAACAGCUGCAGCCUUAUCAUAAACAAGGUGCCUCUAGGUAGCACAUAGCUGAACAAGUGCGACUCCUUUCUUUUAGAGACCUGACCUCUGUAGUAUCCCAUAUCUUUCUGAUGUUUGUGACAAACAUCUUUCUCCAACUGGGGAGAUGCAGGUGGAUAUGGAGGCCAGUAUUCCCAGAUGGUUUAGGGUCUUUUUUUUUUUUUUAAUUGAUUGAAGAGAUAAUACUGGAGCCUGUUCUGCCUCGGGAAACUUUAGAACAAACAUAGCACUUGGUGAGUAUCCAGUAGAGGGGGAUCCAACCAGGGUUAUGACUCAUGCCUUUUCCCAGCAAUUAAUUUAAAAAUAGAAUUGAAAUUGAAAUAUGCUUUAAAGGUCAGAAUGUCAGGUCAGUAUGUGUCUGAUAGUUUUUAAUGGGUAAGGUGUUUACAGCGGACAAAACAUUUCUCAUUUUUGAGGUCACUUCUGUUGGCUAUAUAUUGUGAGUAUGUGGACGAUUAAUUGUAUUAUCUACUGCAGGAGGAGUAGACAUUACCUUUGUGUAACUAUUUUCUGGUAUCUUUUUGGUUUGGGUAAACAUCUGAUCCUUCUCUCUGUUAUGAAACCAAAGUAUCAAGUGACCUCAUUUACCUUUCUUUUUCUAGAUAAAAAUCUACAGCACGGGUGUUAACUGAUCCUGGCUGCUUUAGGGAAGAGGCUGUGUUUUAUUCCUGCCUGUUUUAACAUAUUCAGACUUCUUAAAUUAGAAAAGAAAUGAGUUUAAGUUUUAAUACAUUAAGGUGAAGCUUUAGACUAUACGCUGUUACGUUGUCCAUGUAUAAGUAAAUACUUCAGUUAUGUCUUUUUAAGUCUAGCCUAAGAACUCAUGUCACUUUUACCUUCACAAUCCCGUGCUCUGCCACAACCUUUCCAUCAGUGCUGGAUAGCUAUUUUGACAGUUACUCAUAUUGUUCUGAGAAAAUGAAGGUCAUGCAGCUGCAAGGACCAAUAUUCUGAUAUGUCUGAAACUUCAUGCAAAUGUAAUGGCUAUUGAGAGGGUUCUUCCUGGUUUUAAAUUUGAAUAGAAUUUGGUUCUUAGCAGCUGCAGCCAUAAGGGGUUGUUGUUAAAAAAUAAAUUGUGGACAGUGUUCUGUCUCCUGCUUCCUUCACUUACUUUUUUUGUACCAUCAGGCCUUCUUUGAAAGACUUGAGCCUCAUGUUUAAAAUACCUCCUCUAUUUCAUUGAACUAACUAAGUUGUUUACUUAAAUGUGUCGUUUUAGCUUUACUGAAUUAAUUUGUCUUCUCUUACAUUGAGUCUAUUUAGCUCUGUUGGUUUACUUGGUAAAUGUGGAAGGUUGUGUUCCCACAGAGUGGAUUUUUUUUAAUCUCUGUCUCCUGCCAAAGUUUCUCCAAACCUCCUAUUUUAAAAUCAGUAGUGAAACAUGAGAAGGAGACAUUCAGUGUGUGGUGGUGUUUUUUUUCCUUAAUGUUGCCAUCCUCAAAUUAUCUUGCUCUUGGCAGUGAUGAAACGUCUGGCUCAGUCCCUGUAGAAGACAAGACUGAGAGCCAAGAAGUCAGUAGCUUUGGAUGCCUUGAGAAGGAGUGCAGGAGAGGGGGGAAGAGCUGAUUAAAGAAUCCUCCCAGUGUCUCAUCUCUCCCAAUGUCUCAUCUCAUGACCCUGUUGGAGUGCACUACGUUCUGAGGUGUACCAUAAUGUUGUGCCUCAGCUGCCUGCUUCCAGUCCUCGUUUGCUGUUCUGGAUCCCUCAGGCAUUGGGAUCCAGAGAGGAAUGGAGACUCCAUUGGAUGUUUUAUCAAGAGCAGCCUCUCUAGUACAUGCUGAUGACGAGAAACGUGAAGCGGCUUUAAGAGGUGAGCCCAGAAUGCAGUCUCUCCCAGUAUCAUCUGCUCUAACCAACCAUCGGACAGGCCCUCCUCCGAUCAGCCCCAAUAAGAGAAAGCUCAGCAUGGACCAAGGGGAUGAUGAGAUAGACUGUGAAAAUGAACAUGUUUCUAAAAUGAGUCGAAUGUUCAACCCACAUCUAAACAAGACUGCCAAUGGAGAUUAUCGGAAGGAGCACAGAGAGAGGAGUCGCAGCCCGAUAGAGAGGGCUGCUGCCCCAACCAUGAGCCUUCAUGCCAAUCACAUGUAUGCCUCAAUCCCAAGUCUGACCAUGGAUCAACCUCUCGCACUGACCAAAAACAGCAUGGAUGCAACCCGAACAGUUGGCAUCACACCUACACUGACUUCUGUGGAACGGCAGCAGAACCGUCCGUCCGUCAUUACGUGUGCUUCUGCAAACAACCGGAACUGCAACCUCUCUCACUGCCCCAUUGCUCACAGUGGCUGCGGUUCAGCAGUGCCUGCCUACAGAAGACCCUCUAGCACUACCACUGCCUGUGACCCAGUGGUGGAAGAGCACUUCCGCCGAAGCCUUGGCAAGAAUUACAAGGAGCCUGAGCCAGUGGCAAACUCUGUGUCCAUCACAGGAUCAGUCGAUGACCACUUUGCCAAAGCACUGGGGGAUACAUGGCUUCAGAUUAAAGCUGCGAAGGACGGAGUGUCGAGCAGUCCCGAGUCUGCUUCACGGCGGGGCCAGUCUUCCCCAUCCUCCCACAUGGUCAAUCAUAAUCACUCGCCCUCUGUGGUCUCAUGAAGAGAGGACCGUUACGUUUGUGAAUUUGCAUGGUUUGACUGAGCUUUGAACAGUGCUUAAAAUAGUGUUGGGGGAGGGGAGAUUAGUUUUCAACACGUGUUUUGUGUACUCACUUUUUAUUUGUAAAAGGGUGCCCUUAAAGAUGAUAGCAGGAACUAUUUCAUAAAGAUUCAUACGAUGUAGCAUCCUUUUUCCUGCCUCAAUUACCAAAGAAACCUCUGAUGCAAAUCUGCUGCCCCUUUAAAAAAAAAAAGAAAUGCACGCUAAUCCACAAAAGCCAUUACAUGUAGUUGGUUGACCCAAAUGCUUUUUGCUUUUACUAGCUUCUUGAGACUAGAAUUUGUCUGGUUUGCUUACAUUACUUUUUUUUUUUUUUUUCCCUCUGUGAAGUAAUUUUGUAUGUAUAUACUUGAAAAGAACUGUCAUGUAUGAUUUGCACUAUUGGAGGAGGAAUGAAGUUGCAUAGCAACUUUCUGGAAAGAUGCUAAUAUUUUGAGGGCAAACUGCUGAAAAAAAGGUUUAAGGGUGACAUUUCUAUCAGUUUGAUUUUUCUUAAAGCAAAACAGCUUUGGAAGGGGAAGUCUCAUACAGGUUAUAGGUCUUUCUCUCUUUAGAUUUCAGGUGCUUAGUGCUUGCAACUGGACUGCAUAAUUUACAGAACACGGGCAUUUUUUCCUAAACACUGCAGUUUGUUAGAAUAGAGCUGAGGUUGGAGGGUUCAAUAGUGCUUAACGAUGCAUGUUUUAUGAAAAAUAGCUGGUAUCUAUUAAUGUAUAGACGGUAAGAAUCAUAAUACUUAUUAGCUUUUCUUCAGAAUUAGUUUAUUUUUGUCAGUAACAAUCCUAGAUAUACUUACUGCUGGUACAGUUGUACUCUAUGAUAUUUGUAUUUGAUAUUCACUUUAGUAGCAGCCAGCAAAAGAGGACAGCCUCAGGACAGGCCUCAAACGACGCAGGUUAGAAAUAUAUGAUGCGUGGUACAGGAUGCUAUAGCUUUGCGCACGGCUGAGUCAUUGUUUCUGUCUGCAGCACUGUCUGCUUAGCAGAACUUGCUUCCUACAACCAAGUCUGUGUAAUCCAGCUUUAACUAGCUGCAGGAACUGCUACCGUUGCGUAUCUUGGCUGGACAACAGAUUGUUACAGUUUGUGAAAUAUGAUCUUUAAUUUUUGUAAGCUUAUUCAUAAACCUACGCCAAGUUGCAGCAUACAUUCCUCCAUUAGAAAACUUUAUACAGGUAUUACCGCAUUUAUUGUAUUAAUAGCUACUAACUAGAAAUUAGGCAAUAGAGGCAGGCAUAAAUCCCACAGCUGUGCUAGUACGAAGCGCUUCUCCUUGUUACGUAUAACUUCUCUCCCCAUACAUUCCAUCUUCCCAGUACAGUUGCAACUAGGCCUUUGUUUUUAUACUGCGUACCUGGAAGCAUUGGCUCAGUGUAAAAAGUUAGAACUAGUUGGACGAUGAACUACACGUGAUGUAUUAUGGACUGUGUUACAGUAUUGGGUCCAUUGUGGCUUUUAUGUUUGGUGUUGUUUGGUUUUUUGGUUGUUUUUUUUUUUUAAGCUAUUUAAUUUGGAAGAGGUGCAGGGUAGAAAGGUGAGGAGAUUGGCUCUUACUCUUGCAGAGAGGUGGCUGCUCAAUUUUCUUUGAAAAAUUUUUUAAAAAAAGGAAAAAAAAAAAACAAAACAAACAAAAAAAAAACCCCAAGCCCCCAGUUUUACACAUUUCACUUCCAUCUUACUGGGUAGUCAACGCUUCCUUGCUUUGGCAUUCAGUACCCUACUCUCUGUAGGAAGAUUGUUAAAAAACACUUUUUUAUAUAGGUAACUUUAAGACCAUCGUUACGCUGUGCGUAAAGAAUGUACAGAGAAAUUUGUAGGUAUUUUUUGAGGAACAAUUAAUUUGUUAAUGAUAUGUAGCUAUUUAAUUUUUCCCUUUCCUUUAUUGUAAUCAUUCAUUUUUUUUUUUGUUUGGAGAAAAAAGUUGAUCUUUUUUUUUUGUUGUAGAUUUGUCUGUAAUACAGUAAAAGUGCAGGAACACAGUUAUUCUAUGAGAACACUGCAUUAGCAUUAAUAGCCACUAGUUUGUUACUGCUACAGGCUACUGAGCAUUAUAACAGUAAAAUACUAAUACUGUAGAUGGACUCUGUGGAAAAUGUGACUCCUAUAUUUCUUUGUAAACAGGAAUAAUGUUUUUAAAGCUAAUAUUUUCAAUAAUAGCUGUUUUACAAGGUUACAUUUACUUAUCUGAGAUAGGUAAAUGGAUUUGAGGGCAAUAAAGAUUUAAUGUGAUAUGUCCAGUAAAACAUAUAUUAAAGACAAUAAUGCCAUGAAAGCCAAAGGGUUGGGGGGAGGUGGAAGGAAACUAAACUGAACUCACCAUCGUGAUGUGGUGAAGUUUCUUCACAGAGCCAGGUUAACUACAGUUCAGUUUGAAAGAUUCUCUCUGUGUUUGUAAAUCUGUAAUAUACCAUUCUUUUGUGGCCUUGUUUCACCUGGAGAAAAAAAAAAAGGGUUGGCAGGCCAUCUUUUUUUUUUUUUUUUUUUUUUUUUGUACUUAAAAGUAGCCUUAAAGAACAAUAAAGUGCUCUUAAAUCA